GAAAGCCCAACACAUCUAUUUCAGUCAGACAGUCUUCUGGGUUUGUAAUAGUUUGACAGCAUGUGGUUCACGAUCAUACUACUUCAGCUUCUGCCUCACUGCACCCUCAGCGUUCACUGUCCCGUUGGGUGCGUGUGUGACAUUCGGGGCUAUGUAAAAUGCACCGGUGACAUCACCGCCAUACCGCCCCUUGACCCCACUACGACCUUCUUACUCCUGCUCAAUGACACACAAAUAAAACUUCUCCAAGAACGAAGCUUCCAGCCCUUCCACCUUCUGCUGCGAUUGAGGAUCACCCACAGCUCUCUGGACACCAUCCAUCCGGAAGCCUUCUAUGAUGCUCCACAGCUACGCUCCAUCAAAUUGUCAUCAAAUGCCCUGUCUGUCCUCCCACCCAAGGUCUUCAGCCAUCUGAGCAACCUGGAGCAGCUACAGCUAGAUAACAAUCAGAUCGUUUCCAUAAAUUCAGGAUUGUUUGAAGGGUUGCUUAAUCUUACCGAGCUGGACGUCAGCAAGAAUCACGUUUCCCAGCUGGACCCCGACGUCUUUCAGAGUUUGACCAAGCUGAAUAUCCUAAACUUGGCGGGGAACCGAUUGAGAAACCUUGCAGGGAACAUCUUCCACAACCUUACUCAACUUCAAACUCUGGUGCUCUCCUCCAACCAGCUGGAGACUCUUGAAAGCGGCUUAUUUGAUAGUCUAAACAAUCUAUUGGUCCUCAUGCUACACAAGAAUCAGAUUCGUGAGAUAGCUCCACAAAUUUUCUGGCAUAUGCCUGCUCUUAAGAAUCUUACAAUGUCAGGCAACAAACUCCAAUAUAUUCCACCCAGGAGCUUCUACUACCUACCCAAUCUGAUCCAACUCACCCUUUACAAAAACCCCCUGAUCACUUUACCCGAUCAGCUGGUGGGUCACAUGCCGCGACUCCAAGAACUUUACCUUUUCGAAACCAGCCUAGUCACCGUCCCCUGGAACCUUUUUGCAAACAUGACAGGCUUGACAAGCCUCAACUUACACUUGAAUGACAACCUGACGUCUCUACCCAAAGAUCUCUUCUGUUGCCUGCCCAAGCUAAACAAGCUCUCCAUAAAAAAUAACAAUCUUCUGGAGCUGCCUCCUGACAUCUUCUCAAGUUUGCCUGGCCUUCAAAUACUAUUGCUAAAUGAAAACAAGCUUUGGACUCUUCCGGAGCAAAUCUUUAGGCAUACACCACGUCUACGAAAGCUGGACCUAAACAACAAUCAUCUCAGGUAUCUAUCUGGAGAUGUUUUUCUACACGCUGGUACCUUGACGGUUCUCUCUUUGAGUGGCAACCGUUGGAACUGCGAUUGCAGAAUUAUGGGAAUCGUGGAAUGGAUUCAGGAAAACCCGACAAUCGUGAACGACUUGGAUAAAGGAGUAGCGUGCGUGGAACCGUAUCAAUUACAAGGUCGUCCGUUGCAGUCGUUGACCCAUGAAGAUCUUCAUUGUGGUCAGACAACCUACAUGCCCUCGACUUCUGUUGCCGCGAAAGUGACUUCAUCUCCGCCAACAUUGACAAUAGCAAGAGAAGACACAGGUACUUCAGGUACUUCAGGGACAGCUCCUGUGUCUACAUCUAUCCUGCCAUUUACUAGUACUUCUGCAGCAACCUCUUUGUUUUCUCCUACAGCUGAAGAAUCGUAUAUCAUAAAAAAGAUCGACUACAAUAACCAACUAGAGUUUUACAAUACGAUUGUCCUGGAAAUUGGACCUGAUAUUGUGCAUAACAAUCAUUAUAAUGGUUGGGUGUAUCUGUGGACUGUCCCGUCAACUGGUUUGUCCAGUGGCUUCAUGAUGGCUUUGCAUAUUGUUCUCUUGGUUGUUGGUGUAGUUAUUAUUGUCGCCAGCUGGUGUGCUUUGUAUCGGCUCCAUGAGGUGAUGGGGACAUUGGGGGAAGUUGCUUUAGAGGGUCACUAUCAUAGGAUCAUAACUAAAAGAUACAAAUUCUAAAGAGCAUGUCUUGAUUAAAAAAUGUAUUUUUUUGGUGCAGGUGGUCCAGUGGACUGGCUUGAAAAUUUCAGUCAUCUACAACUCCACAUUUUCUAGUAACUCACUGCACUUAAAAUUUUCAGUUGGCUCAUUGGUUCAUUUGAUGGUGAAAAAACUUGUGGCUUUUUUACGUUGCUAGCUGCUCACUUGAGGCAAUCGAACAAUUCAAUUGCAGCAGGAAAUUCAAGAGUCACUGGAAAUUUUUGAGUUGGAGAGGGUUUUGGUGUUACCGGAUCAUUUUUGCCUCUCUCUUUUCCUAGUUUCCUGUCUCUACGAAGCCAAAAAAGAGGUUAUUGUAUUUUCACCCAUUUGUGGACAUUGUAAUGUACUAAAUUACACUGUAUACAUGCAUAUAAAGUGGUAAAAAAAUGCAGUUUAUUAUUUGUAUAAAGACGAUUUUCUAAUUUUUAAUAUGUACUUGGUAAGUCUCACUUUUUCUUUUAAGGGGUACUUCAGGCAAAAAUGUUAAUUCUGUCAUCAUUUACUCACCCUCAUGUUAAACAUAUCUCAUCCCCCAUUGACACCCAUAGUAUUUAUUUUCCCUACUAUGGCAGUCAAUGGGGAGCGAGAUCUAUUUGGUUACAAUCAUUCGUUCAAAUAUCUUUCUCUGUGUUCAUCAGAACAAAGAAAUGUAUACAGAUUUGAAACAACUCAAGGGUGAGUAAAUUAUGACAGAAUAUAUAUUUUUUGGGGUGAACUGUCCCUUUAAAGUCAAAUUCAACCUAUAUACACUUUAGAAAAUACUGUGUUUAAGCCCAUGCGUGGGACAAGUAUUAGCUUUUUUAAGGGAUAUUUUAAACCAAUGUUUGUUUUAGUCCAUUCUCGACCCAACCAUGGGUUGAAAACAAAACAGCCUUUUUUAGUGCACUCUUUUAAUUUAUGUACCUCAUGAUUCAAGCUUAUUAUUUUUUAUUAUUGUGACCGAUUUGAUCGUUUGUUAUGUUUUAAUAGUUUGAUAAUAUUCGCUCAAAAUAAAAGCAUUUGCUCUUUCACUCCAAAUGCUUGUGCAUUUG